ACGAAAUACUUUAAUCCUUAAUGCAGAAUGUUCAUCAAAACAGUCGAUAAUCGAUUUAUUGUAUUAUAUUAAACAAAUAGCUGUGUCUGUUUGUUUGAAUUUUGUACUUAUCCAUUAUUUUUUUAAGAUGGUGAUAGUUUUACGAAAUUAAUCGUGCGGUGUUAAAAGUGGACAUCUGUUGUGUUUUUACGAUCACAUUUUCAUCAUGAGUGCCGAGGAAAAAGAUGAAGACGUGAAACAAGCUCAAGAUUUUUUAAAUUCGUUUGUCGAGAGAAGUGCGGUUUAUACUGAUGUUGAAAAUGUUCCUAAACAAUCGUUUUCAAUGCAUUGCUCAAAAGAAGAAAUUCAUGGAGAAUGUCUUCACAUUGCUUUGGAAUAUUUGCGAGAAAGUGGUGCUCCUGAAAUCUUGGCAACUAUGCUUGCUCAUCAAGCUACAGCAAAGGUAUUGGAACAAGUUACUCCUCUAAAACACUCAAUAAUAUCAAGGCUCAAAAGCACAACAUCACAAUUUAAUUUCAAAAUUUUUUAA